AUGCCUCCCUUCCCGAACCCUCCCACCGAGGACUCCAAGUCAGUUCUCUGGUCGCUCCAGUCCUUCACCAUUGGCAAGGAGCAAAAGAUCACCGUCCAUACAAACCUCUUCCUCGAUCGUGCCAACGCUGAGUUUGGCUUCGUCGUAUACGCGUCUGCUAGUAUCGCAUUCGUCCUCCGCUUCCCCGAAACCAAUGAGCCAAUCUACUUCCAAGCCAAGACUGCACGCGCAGCAGCCUGGCGCGACAAGAGCAAGAAAGUGUCAAUCCUCUUCCAGCACCUUCAAGUCGAUCUGGUAUUCGUGGCGCCGGACCAAGCUCGUAGCUUCCUAGAUGUGCUGGAGGAUAUUGCGACGGCGGCUGGCAACCACUUCUUCUACAGCUAUGAAGUCCCUCAGAAGGUCGCCUUCGUCAAGCCCGACUUCGACAUGGAACAGCAGGGCUUCACGAGCCGAGCUCCGCAACCUUGGAUGGCCGUUCCUGCUGACUCUUCUGAGUGGCUUCGCCUCCGGAAGACAGGAGAGUGGUCGGACUUCACCGUUGUCGCAGGGGGUAGUGAUUUCCGCGUCCAUCGCGUCAAGCUUUGCAAAGAGUCAUACUAUUUCAAAGCAGUUUGCAGUGGUGGCUUCGCAGAGACCGCAAAGCAAUCCAUCGAACUCCCAGAGUCAGCACAAGUCAUCUCCAUUCUCCUAGAUGAGAUGUACGGUGUCUACAACACCACCACUGGUUCCAUCUUCACCAACUUCGCGCUUCGCAUGGAAAUUGAGAAGGAACUCAUGAUGAACCAGCUCCUGGACCUUUUCAUCGCCGCGGACAAGUACAACCUCGAGAACAUCAAGCGCCGCGCCGCCGAAGCCAUCAUCGACCGCCUCCCCUUCAUAACCGACCCACUCAUGAUCGUCGACCUGGCUACAUGCAUAUACCACGACCAAUGCCCAGAGAACGACCGCGGACUGCGCAAAGCCAUCAUCGAGUGUGUGAGGAUGAGGAUGCCGGCUAUACUGGAGGAUGAGAGUGCGUGGGAGGAGUUCUCGGAGAACAAGAACGUGCUGAGGGCCUUUCAUGUGUCGCAAUGUGAGGCGGGUGAGGGUGGUGGUAUGAUUGCGGGUGGAGGUGGAGGUGGGAUUAUGACGCCGCCUGCUACGCCUAGGUAG